AUGCCUCGAAAGAAAGCCAAGAAGAAGUCUGAUAAGGUUACCCUUGCACAGAAACUCACCGAGUUGAAUGACAUCGAGCUGGAAAAGACCAUCGCCGAGGACGCAAGACCAUGUUAUCCGAGUGAUCAACCUUCAAAGCCGAAGCAGAUAGAGGCCGUGAUGAAUCUAGUGAGACUCAAAAACACCUUCGUCAUGGCCGGGACGGGUUUUGGUAAAUCUCGGAUCCCAGAGAUGUAUGUCCAUCUCUUUGCGAAAACGAAUAAACCGGUCGUCUUAGUUUUGAAUCCUCUCGAUGCACUCGGCGAUAACCAAGUGCAAGAGAAGAUUGCACAGGGGUUCACCGCCAUAAACCUGAAGAAAAUGAAUUUCAAUGAGACGAUUGCUGGUCAGAUACUCAAAGCUCAAUACAACUUUAUCUACCUGAGUCCUGAAAUUCUCCUGAACAACCAGAUGUUCACCGAUGUUUAUCAUAAUCCAAAGUUUCAAGAUCAUCUAGUGCUGACGGUGGUCGAUGAAAGUCAUAUGAUAUAUAGCUGGGGACUAGUAGCUAACAAGAAAGCUAAGAAGUCGUCCGCUCACAAACGGCACCAAGACCGAUCAAUCUUCCGACCCUCGUAUGGGGACAUUGGUCGAGCGCUAAUGGCGACUCAAAACACGCCAAUCUUAAUGUUAUCGGCGACUUGCAGACCCCUAGCUAUCACCGAAAUUCUGAAGAGUCUCAGGAUUCCAGAAGAAAACAUGCACUUUGUGCGAGCAGAACUGACCCGUCCCGAGAUUCGAAUUCUACGGUUCCCAAUGGAAUGCUCUCUCAAGUCAACCCGUGACCUUCGAUUGAUGUUUGGGGCAGAGGAGGAUCUUGCAAAUGCGAAGCUGCCACCGACCUUGAUAUACUCUGGGACCCGGAAUGCUACACUCCAGGUCAUGAAAGUUGUGAAUCAAGCGCGAGGGAUAGAGAAUGGUCAUGAAGAUGCAGAUAGCACCCUGAUUCGCCGAUAUCACGCAUGUACGGGUGAUAUGGAUAAAGAAGACACCAUCGGAGGAUACGAACAAGGCGAAUUCCCGAUGAUCUCCUGUACAAUGGCCUUGGGCCUCGGUCAAAAUUGGAAAAGGGUUAGAAGGGUUGUACACAUGGGCCGAGGGGACCCUUCGAGCAUCUGCCAAAUGAUGGGACGCUGUGGUCGCGAUGGGAAACCAGGGUUAGCCAUCCUAUUCAUGGAGCCGAAGAGACGAUUUGGUCUCAAUACGAUCGAGGCAAUUUCAAAAGGGGACAAACAGACAGAUGAUGUUAGGAUGGACUCGUUGGCACUUACCCCUGUCUGCCUUAGGAUUGCGUUUUCGAUAGAUAAUCUAUAUGGAUACAUUCCAAUGGAUCGAGACGAUGCCAACUACCUUAGAGAAGAAAUCAGGGAACUAGACAAAGGGUUUGCUGUGUGCAAGUGUUCCAAUUGCGCACCGGAAGAAGCCAAGAUGCUUCGAAAUAACAUGAGGAUAAUCGAUAAUGAUAACAUUGAAUCUUCACUCGAUCACCCGGAAUUGUUGAUCGACCCAAAUUCCGAUCAACUAAUAAAACAAAAACAAACCAGACAGGCGAAGAAAAAAACUUGUGAUACGUAUGGGAAGGCGCGAUCGUUUCUUCCGGAAGAACUCUUUGGCUGUUUGGAAGCCAACACUAUUGCGGAUAACUUGGAUCAAAUCAAUAACGAGCACGAUCUGGUGAAGUUUAUUGGUGACAUGGUUGAUGGGGAGCUACAAAUGUUGUACAAUUGUGUGAUUAACUUCCGAGAAGGAACUGAGUUCAAAAAUUACAAUCGUGAAAGAGAGAAGUACAGUGAUAACAUUGAUAACGAGAUACAAAGAAUCAAAGGAAUCCCGGAGGCAAAUCGAUUAGCCAAACAGCAGUCAUCUUCUCAACAAAAGGAGCCGAAACGAAUUGAAACCGAAGAAAGGAAGAGGAAGCGAGAGGCAGAGAAGACCGCCAAGGAUGAACACUUAGCCAAGGAGAAGGAGGCAAACGCAAGGCGAUGGUUGGAGGCAUCAGCGUUUAUUGAGUCACGGAAAGAAUUCUAUGGUACAGGCUCACAUCGGGCUGGUGGAUCAGGGCCUACCUAGUGGUUGUGAGAGUUAGAUACACCAAUAGUCGAUGGUCGAAGAUUAUUUAUCGGCUUUCCUUUUUUCAAUUGUUUUACUUUCAGUGUCUGAAUCCCUAGUGCAUAAAAGUUGUCGAUAACAGCCGGUAUAUACUCGCCUAGCUUAUGAACAGUUGAACACACAUCAUUUUUUCGACACAUCCGAAGGCAAUUGUUGAGGGAUGUUAUACCAAUCCGAUUGUGA